AAGCUGGUAAUUAGCAUGAACUGAUUAACCAUCAAAUAGCUGAGAGAGAUGGCAGAGGAAACCAGAGUGAUCCUCCAUGGAAGCAGACUUAGCCCUUAUGUUAAGAGGGUGGAAAUGGCCCUCAAAAUCAAAGGCAUACCCUAUGAGUUUGUGCAAGAAGAUUUGAAGAACAUGAGUCCAUUGCUCCUCAAGUACAACCCUGUUCACAAAAAGAUUCCUGUACUUGUCCACAAUGGAAAACCUCUUGCUGAGUCUCUUGUCAUCCUUGAGUAUAUUGAUGAAACCUGGAAAACUAGCCCUCAACUUCUACCAGAAGAUCCAUAUAGAAGAGCCCGAGUUCGCUUUUGGGCUAGCUUUCUGCACCAACAGUUAUUUGAGGCCCUGGUCUUAGUGAUCAGAACCAACGGAGAAGCACAACAGAAAGCCAUCAAACAACUGUAUAACCAAUUGAAGUUAUUCGAAGACGGAAUGAAGGAUUUAUUCCCAGAUGGGAUUCCUUUGUCGGUUGACAACAAGAUCAAUGUAGGUCUACUAGAUGUGCUCAUGUUUUCUGUCUUUGAUUCAUAUGAGGCUCAUGAACAAGUCCUCGGCAUAAAGGUGAUAGACCCUGAGAAGACACCAGUAAUAUUUUCCUGGAUUAAAGCUAUAAAUGAGCUACCUGUGGUGAAAGAGCUGCAUAUUCCUCAUGAAAAAGUGGUGGCAUCUGUCAAGCUUUUUAGAAAAUUGGCCAUGAAUUCUUCUUCAGAUACUUGACCAAGUAGAGAAUAGUCAGAAUACUGAAUAUCUUUACUACUUGUUAGUGUAUCCCAAAUUUGGUUAAAUAAGGCUAAUGCUAUUGCCUACUGUUUUUUGGCAGAAACAAAAAGUAAUAAUGAGUAAAGAAAUAUGUAGGCCAUGUUCAGGAGCAGCAGUGGACUAAUCAUCUAGUCUGAUCUUAUCAGAUGUUUGCUAGUGUGGAUUAAUUUCACUCCAACCAGGCCCAUUGUGGGUAGAUAUCUUAUCCUAUUGAACAGUUAAGAAAAUCUAUCCAGCAAGACUAACAAAACCAAAACCAGGAGCUCGGCAUCCAAGCAAAAGCCAUAGGAGAGAAAGAUGGGAAAGAAGUAAGUGAAAUGGCAGAGCAAAUCAAAGUGACCUUAUAUGGAAUGUGGGCUACUUCUUCAACGUGCCUGCCCAAUCACAGAUUCCUAAUUCCGCCACUAACUCCCCUUACAUUUCAUCGUUGUCCACUGUACUCAAACUAAGUAAAGAACUUGUUCUUAAGGUGUUGCAGGUAUUUGAGGCCUUGGUAUUAGUGGUCAAACCAGUGAAGAAGCACAAGAGAAAGUUAUCAAGGAAAUGUUUGAGAAAUUAAAGUUACUUGAAGAGGGACUCAAGGGUUUGUUCCUAGAUGGCAUUGCUUCAUCAGCUGAUGAGUUUAGAAAAAAUGUGACACUACCAGAGUUGGUCAUGUUCUCAUGCUUUGGCACAUAUGAAGCUCUGCAAGAAGUUCUUGGCAUAAAUUUUAUAGACCCUGAGAAGACUCCACUGGUAUUUUCCUGCAUAACACCUCCCAUUGAUAAACCUGCGGUGAAAGAGGCGUGUCACCCUCAUGAAAAGAUGGUAGCCUUCCUCAUUGCAUUUAGAGAAAAUGCCCUAAAGUCUACUACAGCUUGACCAGUAUUGAGUCGAUAGCAAUGUACGUAGUACGUAAUGUCAUUCGGUUUGCUUCUUCUUGUUGUGAAAUUUGAUUUUGUAUUUCUGUUUGUGAAUAAGACGCAUAUUCCGGUCCUCAUGAAAAAGUGGUGGCAUUCCUCAAGCUCUUUACAGAUUCUUGACAACUAUCAGUACAGUAAAAUGUAUAUGCUACUUGUUAUGAUCAUUAUUCAAAUGCUU